AUGUUUGACUUUGGUACCCUCACAAUGCUCCUAGUGCUCGCGUCCGUUGCGGUCGCGGACACCAUGCUUGCUGCCGUCUACGAGCCAGGCCACAAUAAACUGGUGCUCAACCCCGCCUACCCCGUACCCACUCCCGGGGAGGGCGAGGUGUUGCUCAAGGUCGCCGCCUGCGGUGUCUGCCACUCCGACGUGUUCUUCCUCUCCGCCGCUCGUCCGGACCCCCGCACUUACGUCCUUGGGCACGAGAUCGUCGGAACCCCCGCCCAGCUUGGAGCUGGCGUUCAAAACAUCAGCACGACCCAGUUGUAUGGAGUAUUGAUUAUCGACCCCAGCAACCCGAACUCCGGCACUUCCACCAUCGGCACUGGCCUGGACGGGGGUUACGCUGAGUUCGUCCUGGUCAACCAAUCUCAGCUCUUCCCCGUGCCCGAUGGACUGGCUCCCGAGGUCGCGACAGCCGGAACGGACUCGUUGCUCACCGUAUUCAACGCGGUCAACAACGUUGCGCAGGUCACGACUGGCGAGCGCGUGCUCAUCUACGGCGUGGGCGGGCUCGGGCACCAGGCCGUCCAGCUCGCGAAGCACCUCGGCGCAACGGUCUUCGCCGUGGACCUCCGGCCGGAAGCGCGUCAGCUUGCGCUCGACCUUGGUGCCACCCAGGUGUUCGACCUCGAGGACUUCGCCGCAGUGACUAGCAACGGGACGUUCCACGUCGAUACCGUUGUAGACUUCGUUGCGACCGCCCAAAGUUUCGAGCUAUCGAAGGCUGCGGUAGCACUCUCGUUAUCCGAGGGGUUCGCGGGCCUCUCCACGCCCGGCAAGAUUGUCCUAGUCGGGAUUAGCGCAGACAACCUCAACUUCGCCUCAGUGGACCUCAUCGAGUCCAACAUCCGCGUCUACACCUCUUUGUACGGCUCCCGCAAUGACAUGCAGAGCGCGUUCGACCUCCUGAGUCAGGGCGUCAUCAAGCCCAACAUCACGGUCGCGCCGCUCGAAGAUAUCAAUACGGCACUCGAGGCGCUCACGGCGCACGAUGUCACCGGGCGUAUGGUCGUCAUUCCCGGGUUGAAUUCAACCGCCACGACACGUCGGUAG